CAAAAAAGAAUUGCAAGUACAAGAGAGAGGAAGAAAAAGUCACUAUAUGAGGACCUGUAAUAGAAGAGGCUAAAGAGAAGGGGCAUGGGAUGAUAUGCCCAGUUAUGGUCUUCUGGUUAGAGUGCAGUUUAAAGGAGAAGGGGUAGAGGUAGGGGACCAAAGGUUGCAAGAGUGGCAGGGACGAGAAGCUAUAACUAGACUUCUGGUUCUUGCAUCGUCGACUAGUUGUAAUGAAGAGCACAUGAUGGUUCUGAACUGAGAAUAAGGUUGCAGGGGAAGAUUGGUGAGGGAAAAGGAUGAAUCGAUGGGCGAUGACUUCACGAGCGUUGGUCGAUUGUUGCAGAGCCGAGGAAGCGGAUCAAUCAGAGGUGGCAGUCUCUAGAGGCUGAGGUGGAAUAGUCAAAGAAAUCAAUUUGAUGGAAAAAGCUAUAGUAAAUUAGGGUUUGUUUGGUAAUCUACGAGAAAGAAAGAAAUUUUGAUCCCAUAGUGUUAAUUUUACCUUAUUCAUACAACCCGACUUGUAUGGUUGGGUUCAAAUUGUGUUGAUUUAACUGGGAUAUAAGGUUCACCAAUUAUAUAGUGACAUCAGAGUCGGAAUGGCUAAGCAAAAUCUUAAAAUCCUAUGCUUUUAAGAUCAAAAUCCUAUGAUUUUAAGAUCAAAAUCCCAAUUUUGACUACAUUGCCUGUAAUUAGUAUAAAUAGGGGGUUUAAGCUAGAGGUUUUAAGGCAAUCUUGCUCUCGAAGACAAAGCAAGCGCAAUGAGUGUGGCACCGUUUCCACGAUUUUUGCUUCGAGGUUUGAAAAUAGAGGAGGAAAUCACAUAUACCUUUUUGUUGGUUGCAACGGAACAGAGGCACAAGUCGGUUGUGAGAAACUGAUGGAGGCGAGAGAAUGAGCUAAUUCAUAGAGGAGAAGCUAGUUUGGAGAAGAGAAAGCAACAAAGGUGAUUGUGAGAGAUUAAUAGAGGCGGUGUAAAAGCGGUGGGGGGUUCCCCCCUUUUCCCUCCUCGGUUGAUAGGUUUGAAUGGUAUGAUGUUAGAAGGUGGUUAUGGAAGAGGAAAUACGAGAGGGAGAGGGGAGAGAGAACAUAAAUAAAAGGGUUUAAUAUUUGUUACUUAGAGCGAUGAAGCCUCUGAAAGUGCCCAUAAAGGAUGGCUUAUAUCCAAUGUGCUAAUAGCAGUGUUGGGAGAUAAUGGGUAAAGCGGUGGUAGAUUUUGACUCAAGCCUAUUUUCUAGAGCCAUCUCGAGUUAAAGAGGUUAACGAGACAAUCUUGGUGCUGAUCCUUAAGAUUAAAAGGCCGACUCGGAUUGAGAAAUUUUGAUUCAUAAAACUAUGCAAUGUGGCUUAUAAAUUGGUUUUGAAAUGUAUGCCAAAGAGGAUUAAACCACUUAUGCCGCACUUGGUGCAUGGGACUCAGACAAGCUUUGUGCCCAGGCGGGCAAAUCUCUGACAAUAUUCGUAUUUUGCAGGGUGUGGUACAUUCGAUGUGAGCUAAGAAAGGGGAAAGUAGGCUGGAUGGUGCUGAAAAUUGAUUUUGACAAGGCCUACGAUAGACUAAAAUGGGGCUUUGUCAGGGAUACACUGAUGGUUGUGACAACACUGCAAACUUCAUUGAUGUUACCAUGAGAUGCGCCUCGUUCGCUAGAAUGCAGAUUCAGUCAAACGAUGGACUCUCGAAGACUUUCACACCAUCAUGGGGGCUCAGACAACGGUGCCCUCUAUCACCAUACUUAUUCAUGCACUGUAUGGAGAGGAAUUGGGAUACCUGAUCGAUAAGGCGGUAACGGAAGUGGAGUGAAAGUCGAUCUGUCUGUCGAGACAGGGCCUUGAGCUAUCACACUCUUUUUUUGCUGAAUCUUAUCUUGUUCAGUGUGGCCUCGGCGGAGUAGGUGUAGGGGAUCCUAAAAUGCCGGGAUGUCUUUGGAUUAGCAUCGGGCGAACAAGUUAGUUUGCCAAAAUCGAGAGUAUUCUUCUCGAAGAAUGUGUGAGCUUUGGAGGCUUCUAAUAUGAGCAACACCCGAAGUAUCUCAGAGAAGAAGAACUUGGUGAGGUAUCUGAAAGUGCCAGUGAUCCAUGAUAGAGUGUCAAAGGCAACUUAUACUGAACUGGUGGACCUAGUAGGAUGGUCGGCUGAGUCUAUCUCUCUGGCUGCACGUAUCACUCUAGCACAAUCAUUUCUUUCAUGACUUAUAUCUUAUAAUAUGCAAAUGAUAUCUCUACCCGCCACGGUCCGAGAAUAUAUAGAUAAGAAGAUCAAAGGGUUUGUAUGGGGGAGCUCUAAGAGGCAAAAAGAUUCAUCUCAUCGAUUGGGACACUGUAUGCAAGCUUAAGGAGAAAGGUGGGUUGGGGCUACGUAUUGCAACUUGUAUGAACGAGGCCUUCAUUCUAAAGAUUGUGUGGUGAUUGAUGAAAAAACCGAAGAGUCUUUGGGCGUGAGUGGUUAGAGGAAUAUACCUAAGACAAAUGGUAGAGGGAUGGAAGCCGAGGUGAAUGACCGCAUGUCAAAUUUGUGGAAGGGGGGUUCUUCGGGUCUUGCACUACAUACCAGACGGUACCCUGUGGAAUAUCAAGAGCGACAUGAAAACGUUGUUCAGGAAAGAUUGUUGGCUUCAAGACGGGCCGCCCCUAGAAAACUUCGUCGCUGACCUUCCGUAGGAAGCAACAAAGUUGACCAUAACCGAACUUGUCUUGGACGAUAGCUGGAACUUUGAGUAUUUACCGGCGUUCCUUCUAGAAGCCUUGGUUUUACAGGAGAAACUUCACUCGAUUCCACUUGAGAAGGAGCCUGAUGUUUCGUUAUGGUGCUUCUCUCCCUCAUGAAAGUUUACCAUCAAGAUGUCUAUGACCUUACAAGAGGCGUUGAUGAAAUAGGGCACUAUCACCCUAUUUGGAAGGAAAUAUGGCGGAUACAAGGGCCUCUGCGAGCAAGGUCCUUUUUUGGCUGGUACUUCAUAAGUGCUUGCUCACGAAUGUAGAAAGAUGUCGGCGCCACCUUGCAUAAUCAGAUCAUUUCCCCAUAUGCGGGGCGGUCCAGAAACAACGAUAGAUGUGGUAGAGAUUGCCCAUAUGCCCGGGGAGUAUGGUCAAAAUUUCUGCAGGGAGAGUCGGAUCAAACCUUCUUCACCAUUGAUGUGACGAGAUGGGCGAUGAGCUAUUUGGCCGGUCGAAGUAAAGUGGUGGAUCCCUAACUUUUUGCACUUAUGUGCCGGAAGCUUUGGAAGAAUCAAAAUUUAUGGGUCGUCAAUGAAAAGCUAGUGACUGUGAAUUAGUUGGCUGCCCAAGUUAAGAGGAUGCGAGAGCAAGUGGUUUCAGCCUUCAGUGAAGCGCAACGAAUCUCAGGCGGUGGAGUAGAAAGAAAUGUUAGAUUGAUAAGCUGGCAGCUCCCGUCUGAUGAGUGGACGUGUUCAAACAUUGAAGGCUCGGUGAUGAUGGCUCAAGGGAGCACGUCGACAAGAGGGUUCUCCGAGGGAGUGAUGGCAGGUUCCUCCGUGCCUACUCGAUCAAUCUCGUCAGAGAAUCUAUAAUGCACGCUGAGCUGGCAAGGAUAGCUCAUGGGUUCUAUAUCGCUUGGGAAAUGGGAGUUAGGAAGAUGGUCCUACAUACGGAUUCCAUUAGUGUUGUCAACUUGCUGAAGUCGGAGAGCUCCAUGCAUCCACAUCACACACUCACAACCACCAUUCGUAGAUUGUUGGAGAAGGAAUGAGAGGUUAAUACAGAGCACGUGUUUCGCGAAGCCAAUCAUGUUGUGGACUAUUUGGCUUCAGUUGGCCACUCAUUGUCGGUAAGUGAUAACACUAAAUUUGCACAUGUUUUUACCACUCAUUCCUUGAUUGUUUAGCUUGGUGUUUAUCAUACUUUGGCCUAUUUUAUGCUAGGUUGUGUUCCUUUGUCACAUUUCGGGUCCCAUCAUGUAAAGUGAAGCAUAGGUGCAAGUUUCAAGUCAAUCGGAGAUCAAUUGGCAAUUCGGGAGAAGAAACUCUGGCAUGACCUGAAGAAGAAUGGAUUUCUACCUCAUUUUAUGGACAAAUAUUCAUGUAAGAUUGUCAUGAAAAGAAAGAGGACGAGACUACGAGCGUCUGGGAUCAAACGGCUACUGAUUUAGAGUUCUGGACGAGGGAGAAACGAAGUAUCGAAUAUAGUGGAACAAGUUCGAAGGAAGAAACAUGGGCAGGGUCUCCUAAAGCACGACCGUGUUUCAUCUGGCACCUGCCAGUGUUUUUUAUGUCGAGCCUCUCUUGUGAAAACUGCUGAAGGGAUGCAAAACACGGGCGGGACCAAACACGGCCGUGUUUCUUCCCCUGCUCUGGUAUAAAUCUGAUUUCUGCAAUUUUAGAGAGGGAGAGCUGGGUUUUGGUUCCCAACACCCAAGGGAUGAACCCUAGAGAGAGAGAGCUACUUGGGAGCAUUCUUGGAGCUAUUUUGGAGGAUUUCUUCACCAUUGGAGCUCGGGAAUCAAGCUUGGAGAUGGAGAUUGAAGAUCUAGAUCAUAUUUCUACAGUCUCUCUCUUCUCUAUGGAGUAACUUCCCUUCACUUAGGUCUUGAGGAACCCUAGUUCCAUGUGUUAGGAUCUUUCUUAUAUGAAGUUUUGGAUGCUAUAUUGUUUGAUUAUAAUCGAUUGAGGCAUGAUUUAUUGAGUCAAUUGAAUCUUGAUCAAAUUCUCUUGAUUUCUGCUUUAACCUAUGAUAGAUAGAAUCCAAUUAGGUUGAUAGAGCUUCUUCAAUGAAUAGGAGUGAAUUGAUUGUGCGAGAGUCAGACAAUUCACUGCUUUGUACUGGAAUUCAUUCCACGUAGUGGAGAUCUGUGUGAAUCGCCUUAGCAUUCUAUCCUAGUGAAGGCUAGUCGUCUGCCGGAUAAUCUGUCUAAGAGGGUUUGGUCAGUUUAAGAGAUUCCAAGCUAAUUUAGGAUCUUCUACAGUAGUAAAAAAAACCCGAAGGAAAUUACAAUUUGGACCUAAUUGAGGAGCUAGGGGGAAUCAUACCUAAGUGAGUUCCCAACCUGUAAUUAGUAGUUUUACCUAGUUUAGCUUGUAGAGUAGUUUAGUAAAUCAAAUCUUAAUCUGGUUUGCUAUAUAAUGAACUGAAGCUGAGUAAUAGUAACUCUAGAGACCCAUGGAUUCGAUAUUUAUUACUUGUGUCACUAUACUGCAAUCCCGUUCAUUGGUUACACAUGGCCAUUGUUAGGAGUUGUGUCGUAGCAUGUCAAUAAGGGUUCACCUACUUACGAACCUGAGUCCCACUUUGUGUUAUUGGUUGUCUUUCGACUCUAUUGGGAUACAAACCCCUCAUCUAGUUAAUGAAUAAGGGUUAGAGCG